GACCUUACCUGACUGAGUGUUUCUCACCUGCCGGCCGACAGCUCACCUGGCGUCAUGUAGCCUUCUCCACUGGUCUUCCAUCACACCAGCUGCCCCCAAGUGCCAGUCUAGUACCAUUUCUCAAGCCUCGUUUGUUCCCUGUGCCUUGUUGAAGGGAUUCUGGUUCCUGGUUUGAAGCUGUCACCUGUAGUGUACAACUCUUGUGUUUUGACAACACGCACGAGCCAGUGGCUGAAGUGGAUUAGGCGACAACAAUGCUGAACCUACUGCAGGCACUAGCGGGGGACUCUCCGCAGUCCUCUCCCAGGCUGACCAAGAGAGCGUCGGUGCUGAGCGGGAUGGCGGCGAGCGAUCACGGAGACGGGCACGAGGCACAUGAGAGGCGGCCUGAACCCACGUGUGAGGGAAACCUCAGGAUCCUCCAGAAACUUGACUGUGGCCAUGAGAAUGUCCUGUGUGUGAAGUACAGCUAUGAUGGGACAUUGGUGGCCGCUGGACUUGUUCAUGGAGCUGUUAAGAUCUUUCAGGCUCAUGAUGGGUCAGUCCUGUACCACCUGACUGACCAGGAGGUUCGUGAUGCCCACCUCCCCUGCACUAGUCUGGCCUUCAUACCCGCUGACCAUGGACAGAAGUAUGAACACCUUCUAAUGGCUACAUAUGCCAAUGGUGUGAUAAAGUUCUGGCACCCAUCGUCGGGGUCGUGCCUCCACACCAUCCACGAGAACAGACAGACUCUGACUGCUAGUUUCUCCCCACACGGCGAUGUGUUCGUGACAGGUGGCGCCUCUGCACAGCUGCACAUGUAUGACACUGCCACCAAAAAGAUGGUCCGAACCUUUGAACCCAGUCCAGACAAGACGGUUAUGGACGGACACAUGUUGCGAGUGUUCAGUGUUCUGUACCAUCCUAAUGCUGUAGCCUACCCCGGUGUGUUUCUGAGUGGUGGAUGGGAUGAUACCAUCCAGUUCUGGGAUUCAAGGGUGAAGCAUUCAGUGAGGAAGAUUUUUGGCCCACACAUCUGUGGGGAGGGGCUGGACAUCGACCCCGAGCACAACCACGUGCUGACGGGGUCGUGGCGUAAGGACAGCGCCCUGCAGGUCUGGGACUUCAACUCCACAGACAAGAUCAAAGACAUUCCACCAGGUCUACUGUUGCCAGUGGUUAGGGAGAUCCUGUAUUACAGCAGGGGGAAGUGACCAGAACAUGGCUCGGAUUGUGGACAGGGGAACACUACAGACAACAGGACGACUUGUGGAUCUCCCCGGGGGUGUGUACUGUGCAGACAACAGCCAUCAUGGCAAUGUCCCCAAAGUGGCCAUCGGAGCAGCCAACAUGGUGUACAUAGUAGAGAAGACAGGCAGCUAGACAUGGCCGGGUGGGGGAAUAAGAGGCUUCUUUAGGCUGAUGUGUUGUUAUUGAUCAUAGAUGACCAGAAAAUACUCCUAUUCUCAUUCCUAGUCAGGUUUUCAGCCAGUAGUAGCAAGAGUCUCAUGAUUCAUCAGUGAAUGUAGUUUCAUCAGGUUGGUACGUUAUUGAAUAAAGAGAGUGACUCUAUUUUACAACCAGUGUAUUAUUUACACUGAAGUUUCAAUGGCCGCCUGUCACCUACCUCAGGACAAUUGAGUGGUUCACAUUGUACUGCAGUCUUUGUUAGUAUUACAUUGAAACUGUAAGAAGCGACACCUAUGCUGCAGUACAAUGGGUACCAGACAGAGUUGCCCUGAGGAAGGUGACAGACUGUAUUGAAUAAAGUAAUGGUUGUCUCUUCAUUCUCAUGAUUCAGUUUGUUCCAUGACCUAUGACUAGUAUUUUAUUUAUAGAGAGACAUGUUGCUGUCACAGUAACGUAAAUGGUUUGUUCUCACUUCUGCAGUCAGUACCAUUCAAACUAUCCGUCAGAAUACAACUGAUGACACUGAUAAAGUGUGUCAUUGUAUUGUGCCUUAAGGCUAGGUCACAACCUGCUGUACAUGUUUUUUGUCCAUGCGUUUUUUCGGGGAGGCCAUGUCCGCUACGUUUUUCGGAGAACGUGGGGAAGGACUGGCAAGAGCAGGGAGGGAGUACGUCAACGCACGUCACUCACAUGGUUGCGCAAGGUGUAAGUACGUGGUCUGCACGCCACGACUGGCUGGCCUGCUUGCAUUGUUCAAUGCACCUAUGAUGAGUUGUACAUGCUUAUGACGUACGAUCUCUGUGCGUUUGCCAAAUUACCAAAUGCAGACCGUACUUACACAUGCUGCUUACGUACGGUUUCCUACUUGCAUGUUGUGAGUGCGUGCAAGUGCAUCUUAUUCUUUGACUUUAGAUUUAUUUUGGCAUUCUAUAGCAUUAGACUAUGAUUAGUUAUCUGUUUUCUGAUACUUUUUUUUAAUCUACGGAAUAUUUUUGCUCAUUUUACAGCUGCUUUGCACAAUUUAUUGUGUGGUCGAAAACUUUUUUUUUUUUUGGAAACGGCCGAAAAUUGGUGCGAGCGCGGAUGUCAUCCAUAUAAUCAAAUCAACAUGGCCUAACUGUUACCUUGUGUAUCUUACUACAUUGUACCAGAAUGCCUAACCUUGUAUGUAUCAGAGAGUGUAUUUUUACAUUUUAAGUUGAGCGUGUUAUCUCGUGUUUGUUUGAGUGUAUAAUAUUUGUCACCAUCUCUUUUGAAGCAGUGAGGUGGUGAUUCUUUCUUGAAUGAAGUCAAAUGUAGAUAUAGAUAAUUUACUGAUACUUCGAUUUGUGGACAAAACCAGAGAUUGUUUUGGUUGUAUCAAGUAUAUUUUGUAAGAUAGCUGGACUUAUGUGAGUUUAAGAUGUCUGCACAUUUUGAAUAAAGUGCACAGCACAACUUGAAAUAA